GGCGGCGGCCGCGGCUUUGUCUGCGCCCAGCGCCUGAGCGCGGCCCCGGCCCGGGCGGCCGCUCCGCUCCGAGCAGCGGCGGCGGAGUCAUGACCGCAGAGCCCGUGAGUGAAAGCAAGUUGAACACAUUGGUACAGAAACUACAUGACUUCUUGGCUCACUCGUCAGAAGAGUCUGAGGACGCAAACUCUCCUCCAGCAGUAUCUAAAAACAAAAGCAUAGGUAAAAGCAGAGAACCUAAAGGAAGUCCAGCUUCAAUGGAGAACAACAGAGAUGAGGGCAGUAGUUCUUCAGAAAGAACCAAAUCCUUAGGAUUAUCCCGUUCCAAAAGGAAACCUACAGUUGUAACAAAAUAUGUUGGGUCAGAUGACGAACAAAUUGUAGAUGAAACUGUAAAUGAAGAUGUUUCCAAUGAGAACUCAGAAAACGAUGUAGAUAUGCAAAGCUUGCCUAAAGGUACAGUGGUUGUACAGCCUGAGCCAGUGCUGAAUGAAGACAAAGAUGAUUUUAAAGGGCCUGAAUUUAGAAGCAGGAAUACCGUUAAAAUGAAACCUGAAGCUCCCAAAAAGCGUGGAGAGGAAGGACUACAUGGAAUUGUAAGCUGUACAGCUUGUGGGCAACAGGUGAACCAUUUUCAAAAGGAUUCAAUCUACAGACAUCCUACACUGAAAGUUCUUAUUUGUAAGACGUGCUACAAGUAUUACAUGAGCGAUGACAUCAGCCGGGAUUCCGAUGGGAUGGAUGAACAGUGCAGGUGGUGUGCUGAAGGUGGAAAUUUGAUUUGCUGUGACUUUUGCCAUAACGCCUUCUGUAAAAAGUGCAUUUUGCGCAACCUGGGUCGAAAGGAGCUCUCGACUAUCCUGGAUGAAAAUAACCAGUGGCACUGCUAUAUUUGCCAUCCAGAGCCUUUAUUGGACUUGGUCACUGCCUGUGACAGUGUCUUUGAAAAUUUAGAACAGUUACUUCAACAAAACAAAAAAAAGAUCAAAGUUGAAAGUGAAAAAAGUAAAAUAUACGACCACACAGUCAAGUUUUCUCCAAAGAGAAAUAGUGCAAACUGUAAUGGUGAAGAAAAAAAACUAGAUAAUUCAUAUUCAGGUUCACUAACAUAUUCUUAUAAAGCACUAAUGGUGCCAAAAGACUUGCUUAAGAAAACAAAAAAGCUGGUUGAAACUACAACAAAUCUCAAUUCUAGCUUUGUAAGCUUUUUGAAAAACGCUGCAGAAAAUGUAGAAAUAAGCCCAACUGUGCAACUGUGUCAGCUGAAGGCUUUUAAAUCUGUGCUGAGUGACAUGAAAAAAGCUCAUCUGGCACUAGAAGAAGGUCUGAACCUGGAGAUUCAAGCAUUGAAUGUUAAAAUCAAAGACAAAAAUACCAAAGAGAAAAAAACUGAGGUUAGAUCUGAAAAAAAUGAGGUGAAAAAAGAUGAAGGAAAGGAACAUGUGGCAUUAAAAGAGGAUGACACUCUACAGACGCCGAAAAAGGUUGUAUCAGAACAGCCUGACAGUGAGCCCAUGGAUCAAAGUGUUCCCACAGUGGAACAGACUGAUAACAAACCUACUUCUGGGGAAGAGAAAAAGUCUGGCAGAAAUGAAGAACCUCAGUAUGAACCGAACAGUACAGAGGCCUUGGACAUGGAUAUAGUGUCCAUUCCCUCAUCUGUUCCUGAGGACAUUUUUGAGACUCUAGAAUCUGCUAUGGAGAUUCAGAUGCCAUCAGAUGAGCAGGAGAGUGGAAAUACAGGAACAGAUCAUGAGGCUCUAAAUUCAAAUACAAAAUUGAACGCUCCUGUGAAAGAUGCCAAAGGUAGCACCAAGUUAAAAUCAUCGGCUAAAGGAACAAAAGAAUUGGUUGUAAAAUUGACUCCUGUUUCCCUCUCGGAGGCUACAGUUAAAGCUGAAGAUCGAGACAACAGAUUAGAAAAGGAAAAUAAAAGUGUUGAUGCAAAACCUAAAGCAGAAAACUGUGAUCCUGCGAAACAAAAUCACAGUGCUGGCAGUGAACCCUCCCCGGAGAACGAGGCCGUGCCUGUGGAGGAGUCUGAUCUCCGGAGGUCCCCGCGCGUGAAAACCACCCCGCUGAGGCGCCCCACGGACAUGAGCCCUCUGACAUCCAACUCGGAGGAGGAGAGCAACGACAUGAGCAGUGAGAAACGCAAGGGAAAACCAGCCAAACAGCCCCAGAGGAAAAACGACAAGAGAAAUCCUUCUGACAGUGCUGCUGAUGGCCCCAGCCCCGAUAACCUCUCUGAAUCCAAGAAGCCAUGUGUUGUGGAUCAGAGCUCGGAUUCUGAUGAGAUGCCAGCUGUUCUUAAAGAGGCAGGAAUGAUGAGUCGCAGCUCCUCGGACAUUGACAGCAAUAGUGAAGCGCCAGCAAAUGAUCAGAAGACUUCAGGUUUUCAGAAGAAUCAACCGGUAAAGGACGAAAAUGGAAAACGAAAAAGAAAAAGUUCCAGUUCUGGUUCAGAUUUAGAUGCUAAAAGAGGCAAAUCAGCUAAAAACGCCGCCACCGCUAAAAAGAAGCGACAAAACUAUUCGGAUUCUUCAAACUAUGAUUCUGAGUUAGAAAAAGAGAUAAAAAUGUUGAGUAAAAUUGAGGCUGCAAAAAAGCCGAAGAAAAAAUAUUCACAAAAAGAGGAUAGUUACGAUUCCUCUGAAGAAGAGCAGAGGAAGAAAGUAAGCAGUAAAAGAAAGGUAAAUCGGAAGAAAAAGAAAGGUAAAUCUUCUGAAGAUGAUGAUGAUGUUGAAAAGUCUUCCCCAGAGAAGGAAAUGAACCAUUCUUCUAAAGAUAAAAAAGUGGGUAGGAGGUCGUCUGCUAAGGAGAAGAUAAACAGGGACUCAAAAGAAAAAUCCACAAAGGGCAAACAUGAUGAGUAUUCUGAUGUUGAGAAGUCUUCACUGGAGAAAGAGGAAAGUGCUCCUGAAGGUAACAAAAACAAGGAUUUGAAAAAGAAAAAGGCACAAGAAGAUUCUUCUUCAGAGAGUACUGAGAAAUCUGCAAAGAAAGAGCACAAGUUUGAGUCUUCAAAGGACAGACUCAAGAACAAGAAAGGAUCAGAAAACAAAGCGAAGAAAUCUGAAAAAUUGAAAAAGAAAAGUUUCAAGAAAGAGCAAGAUGAUUCCUCAUCUGAUGGUGAGAAGUCCUCUCCAGAGAAAGGAAGUUGCAAUUCUUCUGAAAACGACAAAAUUAAAAAGGAACCUGUAUUUACAGAAAAGAGGAAUUUGAGAGAGAGAGUAGCUAAAAGAGUACACAUUGAUUUAUCCUCUGAUACUGAGAAAUCUCCCCAAAAAGAGGAGAGUUCUUCUGAGGAUGCCACGCAGCGUAAAAAACGAACUGAAACUAAAGAGAAGAAAAAAAUAAGUCACAAAAAGAAAAUUUCCAAAAAGGAACAGAAUGAUUCAUCCUCUUCUGAUGAGGAGUCUUAUGAAGACAGUAAGAAAAAGACUAAAAGAGGGUCAAUGAAAGAAAGUAAAAGGAGUAGCUUAAAAAAGAAAGUGUCAAAAAAGAAGGUGGUUGUCACUUCCUCUUCCUCAUCGGAUAAGGAGGAAAACGAUGAGCAGAAUUCCAGCGGCGAUGGAAGCAGCGACGAGCAGAAGAUCAGGCCAGUGACUGAGAGCUUGAUGCUGUCUGCUGGUGCAGGAUUCUGUCAGUCAUCAGGAGAUGAGGGAGAGGCUCUAUCAAGGACUAUUCCAAUGGAGGAGGAGGAAGAUGAUGAUGAUGACGACCCUGAGAAUAGAAUUGCCAAGAAAAUGCUUUUAGAAGAAAUCAAAGCCAAUCUUUCCUCUGAUGAGGAUACAUCUUCAGAUGAAGAGCCGGAGGAAGGAAAAAAGAAACCUGCAAAGCAGACUGAGAACACUGGAGAUGAUGGAGAGAAUGAAAAGGAAGAUAACAAGUCUGUAAAGGAAGAAAGUAACUCUGAAUCGGAUUCAGAGGAAGAAGAAUCAUCCAAGAAGCCCAGAUACAGACACAGGCUGCUGAGGCACAAGCUCACCAUGAGUGAUGGGGAAUCUGGUGAAGACAAAAAGGUGGUGAAACCAAAAGACAAAAAAGAAGGGGGGAAGCGUAGAAAUAGAAGGAAAGUGAGCAGCGACGAUUCCAAUGACUCCGAGUUCCACGAGUCUGCAGUGAGCGAAGAAAUCAGUGAGUCUGAAGAUGACCAACGUCCAAGGACAAGAUCUGCCAAGAAAGCUGAGGCAGAAGAAAACCAGCGCAGUUACAAACAGAAGAAGAAACGAAGGCGAAUAAGGGUUCAAGAGGAUUCAUCAAGUGAGAAUGACAAUAAGAGUAAUUCUGAGAAUGAGGACAAUGAUGAUUCAAAAUCUCCUGGAAAAGGCAGGAAGAAAAUAAGGAAAAUUAUUAAAGACGAUAAGCUUAGAACAGAAACCCAGAAUGCACUUAAAGAAGAAGAAGAAAGAAGAAAACGUAUAGCAGAGAGAGAACGGGAGAGAGACAAAUUGAGAGAGGUGAUAGAGAUAGAAGAUGCUUCACCUCUGAAAUGUCCCAUUACAACUAAGCUGGUUUUAGAUGAAGAUGAGGAAACCAAAGAACCAUUGGUGCAGGUUCACAGGAGUAUAGUUACCAGACUGAAACCACACCAAGUAGAUGGUGUUCAGUUCAUGUGGGAUUGCUGUUGUGAAUCUGUAAAAAAAACAAAGACAUCUCCUGGUUCUGGAUGCAUUCUUGCCCACUGUAUGGGCCUGGGGAAAACGUUACAGGUGGUAAGUUUUCUCCACACAGUCUUGCUGUGUGACAAGCUGGAUUUUCGGACAGCUCUGGUUGUGUGUCCACUGAACACUGCCUUGAACUGGCUGAAUGAGUUUGAAAAAUGGCAAGAAGGUUUAGAAGAUGAGGAAAGACUAGAGGUCUGUGAGCUGGCAACCGUGAAGCGCCCCCAGGAGAGGAGCUACAUGCUGCAGCACUGGCAGGACGAGGGCGGGGUGAUGAUCAUCGGCUACGAGAUGUAUCGAAACCUGGCCCAGGGCAGGAAUGUGAAGAGUAGGAAACUUAAAGAAAUAUUCAAUAAAGCAUUAGUCGAUCCAGGUCCUGACUUUGUGGUUUGUGAUGAAGGACACAUUCUGAAGAACGAAGCAUCUGCUGUCUCCAAGGCAAUGAAUUCUAUUCGGUCUAGGAGAAGAAUAAUUCUUACAGGAACCCCACUGCAAAAUAAUCUUAUAGAAUAUCACUGCAUGGUUAACUUUAUUAAGGAGAAUUUACUUGGUUCAAUUAAGGAGUUCCGGAAUCGGUUCAUUAACCCGAUCCAGAACGGGCAGUGCGCAGACUCCACUCUGGCAGACGUCAGAGUGAUGAAGAAACGUGCACACAUCCUCUAUGAGAUGUUGGCUGGAUGUGUUCAGAGGAAAGAUUACACAGCAUUAACAAAAUUCCUCCCUCCGAAAUAUGAGUAUGUUCUGGAGGUUCGGAUGACUCCUAUUCAGUGCAAACUGUACCAGUACUACUUGGAUCAUCUCACAGGUGUAGGUGGUGGCAAUGAAGGUGGAAGAGGCAAAGCUGGAGCUAAACUAUUCCAGGAUUUCCAGAUGUUGAGCAGAAUCUGGACUCACCCUUGGUGUUUGCAGCUGGACUAUAUUAGCAAAGAAAAUAAGGGCUAUUUUGAUGAAGACAGCAUGGAUGACUUCAUAGCUUCAGAUUCGGAAGAAACUUCAAUGAGCUUAAGUUCUGAUGAUUAUGCAAAGAAAAAAAAAUCCAAGGGGAAAAAGGUGAAGAAAGAGUCUAGCUCAAGUGGAAGUGGCAGUGAUAAUGAUGUUGAAGUCAUUAAAGUCUGGAAUUCAAGAUCUCGUGGAGGUGGAGAAGGAAAUGCAGAAGAUCUUUCAAACAACCCGUCAUCGACAAAGUCAGAUGAAGGCAAAGCUACAUCCUCUUCCAAUCCUGGCAGCCCAGCACCAGAUUGGUACAAAGAUUUUGUCACUGAUGCAGAUGCCGAAGUGUUGGAACAUUCUGGGAAAAUGGUGCUUCUCUUUGAAAUCCUUCGAAUGGCAGAGGAGCUUGGAGACAAAGUCCUAGUGUUCAGCCAGUCCCUGAUAUCUCUGGAUUUGAUAGAAGAUUUCCUGGAGCUGGCUAACAGGGAGAAAACUGACAGAGAUAAGCCUCCUAUCUAUAAAGGAGAGGGAAAAUGGUUCAGGAACAUCGAUUACUAUCGCUUGGAUGGCUCAACUACAGCUCAGUCAAGAAAGAAAUGGGCUGAAGAAUUUAAUGAUGAAACUAAUGUGAGAGGCCGCUUGUUUAUUAUAUCCACUAAAGCAGGUUCCCUUGGAAUAAACCUGGUGGCUGCCAACAGAGUCAUCAUCUUUGAUGCCUCUUGGAACCCAUCCUACGACAUCCAGAGUAUUUUCAGGGUCUAUCGUUUUGGGCAGAACAAACCCGUGUUCGUGUACAGGUUUUUGGCUCAGGGCACCAUGGAGGACAAGAUCUACGACCGGCAGGUGACCAAGCAGUCGCUGUCCUUCCGCGUGGUCGACCAGCAGCAGGUGGAGCGUCACUUCACCAUGAACGAGCUCACGGAGCUCUACACCUUCGAGCCCGACCUGCUGGACGACCCCAACUCGGAAAAGAAGAAGAAGAGGGACACCCCCAUGCUGCCCAAAGACACAAUCCUGGCAGAGUUGCUUCAGAUCAACAAAGAGUAUAUAGUUGGAUAUCAUGAACAUGAUUCACUCCUGGACCAUAAGGAGGAGGAGGAACUCACUGAAGAAGAAAGGAAGGCAGCCUGGGCAGAAUAUGAAGCAGAGAAGAAGGGCAUCACUAUGCGUUUCAACAUGCCAACUGGGACCAAUAUGAUUCCCACGAAUUUCAACUCUCAGACAUAUAUUCCCUACAAUUUGGGGGCUCUGUCAGCCAUGAGUAACCAACAGCUGGAGGACCUUAUUAAUCAAGGAAGAGAGAAGGUUGUGGAAGCAACCAACAGUGUAGCUGCAGCAAGAAUUCAGCCCCUUGAAGACAUCAUUUCAACCAUAUGGAAAGAAAACGUAACCCUCACAGAGAGCCAAGUGCAGGCCCUGGCACUGAACAGGCAGGCGAGCCAGGAGCUGGAUGUCAAGCGCCGAGAAGCCAUUUACAACGACGUCCUUGGGAAACAGCAGAUGUUAAUCGGUUGUGUCCAGAGGAUCCUGAUGAACAGGCGGCUCCAGCACCAGUACAACCAGCAGCAGCAGCAGCAGAUGUCUUACCAGCAAGCAGCCAUGGGCCACCUCAUGAUGCCAAAGCCUCCAAAUUUAAUCAUGAAUCCUUCCAGCUACCAAGGGAUAGAUGUGAGAGGAAUGUAUCAGUCAAUGUCUGGUGGGAUGCAGCCACCACCCUUACAACGAGCACCACCCCCAAUGAGAGGCAAAAAUCCAGGGCCUUCCCAAGGGAAAUCAAUGUGAUUUUGCACUAAAAGCCUAAAGGAUUGUUAAAAUCAGAGAAAGAACUUUUAUUUUUUUAGGAAUCAAUGGCCUAACAGAACUCAACUGUAAAAAAAAAUAAAAUUAAAAAGAAUUGUUUGGUUGCUCCCCUUAAAUGCCAUGUUCCAUAUUAGUGUUUCAGCUUUGUUUAAAUUGGACAUGAUGUUUUCCCUGUUGUCAGUGAUGUUGCCUAGAAUCUUCUUACAUAUGUUGAGUACAGGAGAUAACAAGUUGUUUUCAGUGAAAACAAGUCCUCCCGUUACAGUAGCAUCUCCACAGGUUUCCUGUCUAAACUCCUACGAUUGCUUUUCAUGGCUGCAGAGCUUUGGGAAGCUUAGGAAGGACUGCAGGUCUGUAUGUUCAGUCUGACAUAUGUGAAUUGUAAACAGCUGAGUUCUUGAUUAGAGUUGAUUCCUCAAAUUAUGGAAUACUUUUCUGCUUACCCCUUUCUUUCUAUUAGUGGGAACGUUAUAACAGAAAUAGUCCAGUUUCCUUCUGACCGAGGUCUGAACUUGUGUGGAUCAUCUGUGCUGAAUGAAACAGGAACUGAAAAUACUCUCUGAAACAGAAUUGAGUGCAAUAUUCGUAAAUACUACUGCUCUGAACCUUCUGAGUCACAGAGACACUGUGCAUCCAGCCUUAACCACGGCUGGGGAAGGGCUGGCCUUCCCUGGUCUUCUGCCAUUUCUUAUUUUCAGUUCCAUGUGAUGGAAUAGCAGCUGAUGAUCUCAGAGUGGGAGAUGUUUUUCCUUCACACACUAAUGUCCUUGAUGCAGAGUCCCACACAAAGCACAUUUCUGGUAACUCCUUGGUGCUGGUGCUGCUGUCUCUCCCCAUUGCCGGCAAUGGGAGACGGGCCAACAACCUUCGAUUCCUGGUGUUGGGGGGUUCAAAUAGUGAUGGUGACCAGGGUCAAACCCUGUCAGAGAAACACCUUUCAUGUGGCACAACCAUUGCCCACUGGAAAUCAAUAGAGAAAGUGCUGUAGCAACUUCCAGAGCUGCCAGAACCGUGAAAUGAUUUUAUUAGCAGAGUUUUGGUUAUGCACUCCUCCCCACCCCUUCAUUGUGUGAAAACACGAGUUUGGACACAAGGAGCUUGGGUUUUUUUGUUCUCUUUCGUGGGGGGGAGUUUAAUGUAGGCCAGAGGUAAAUUUCUGGUUUCUUCUAUAUCAUUAACACUCUCUUUACCCCCACUUGUUGUGCUUGUGAAGAUCUCAUUAAAUACAAAUAGAGCUUUUCUUUGACUAGAGUUUGGUUGAUUCUUAACCCCCCCAAAACAAAAGUUUAUAAUCUGGGGGUAGAAGUCAGUGGCAGGAACGUUGGAGCGAUGGUGUGUGGAUGACAGAGGACUCUGGAGACGUUGGCUCCAGGUAGUGCUGGACUCUUCUGACUUACUGCCGUGAACUAAACUUGUUUUGGUUUCUGGAAAGUUUCUUGCAGGAGUUUGAGUUCUUGCCCUGAAUGGACAAGUGGGUUUUGCAUCUCAGUAUGCAGAUCUUACCCCAUGUUUCUGUUUGUGGUUGACACUUGGUGUGUGAGGUGGACAGAGGUUGGUUGGUCUGGUGCAAACCCAGCUGACAAGUUGCUGUCUUGGACUCUUUGAUUACAAGAUAAUACAAAAACCCCUCAGUGUGUUCUAGUGCUUUGCCAGGUCUACAAUUAACUCUGAUUUGGGGGGAGGGAGGAAAAAGAGACGUGUCUGCACUAGAAGAAACAAACUGUGAGACUUUGAGACAAACAUUUGAAGGCAAAUGAACUCUGGGCAACUCUCACCGAUUUUCCUACGUGAAUAAGAGAAGUACUUUCUACCAAACCUGGGACUGUUGAAUGGAGUUUUACAGUAACUCAAAGACUUAAAUGUGGAAGUUUUAGGCAACAUUGAAAGGCACAUUUUAUUUCAUUCUGGACAAACCCAUGGAUAACAGAAGACUAAUGCAUAAGAAGGAAUCUGAGAUAAGCAUUGGAAUUAAACCUGGACCACUUUGCGUACGUGUUUCUCACUCGACAUUUUAGCUGCAUAACAAUGUGCUUUGAGUAUAACAUCAGGCUUUAACCAGUACUUAAAGACAGAACAUACAUCAGUAAGAUAAUAAAAGGCUCAUUUUUAUAUUUGUUUUAGAUGUUUUAACUAGAUAAAAUGGCUUAAGAUGAUGAAUAAAAAUGUUGCUUGUAAUACAGUUUUGCCUGCUAAAUUAUCCACAUUUUGUAACCUGUUUAUUCCUUUGGAUGUAAAGCGUUUUUGCUUAGUAUCGUGAUAUUGUAUAUGUUUUGUCCCAGUUGUAUAGUAAUGUUUCAGUCCAUCAACCAGCUUUGGCUGCUGAAAUCAUACAGCUGUGAAGACUUGCCUUUGUUUCUAUUAGAUGGCUUUUCAGUUCUGUAUUAAAUAUCUUAAGUACUAUAGACAAGGUGUCCCCUCUUCCUAUAAGGCUGUUUUGUAAUAUAUAUAAGGACUGGAAAUGUGUUUUUAAAGAGAAGAAGCAUUCAAGUAUGACAAUAUACUAUCUGUGUUUUCACCAUUCAAAGUGCUGUUUUAGUAGUUGAAACUUAAACUAUUUAAUAUCUCAUUUAAUAAAGUGACCAAAAUACACGAA